GCGCCUGCCUGGCACAUCUCCUCGACCUCAACUUCGUCAUCAGCCUGUUCACGCAGAGACCAUUAGUAUGCGUUGUUAAUUGCAUUAACGAUGAUUCAUCUAAUUUGAUUCCAUUCGCUAUUAGAAACGAUUUCAAGCUGGCCAUGAACCCUCCCCCGCCGUUACCGCAAGAGCUUAUAGACCUAAUAAUCGACUUCCUGCAUGACGAUAGGCUUACACUUGCUCGUUGUAUGUUGGUCUGCCACAGAUGGCUUGAUCGCAGUCGACUUCACUUAUUCCGUGACGCCUACGUCACUGUUCCUGCCUCUGAGCCUUUUGCGAUGGAACAGCAGGAACCAGAGUUCAAAGCGCAUAACCUCGAAGCGUUCAUCGCUUUCUUGGAGCGGGAUGCGAGUAUGUCUCUGCGGCUUGCAGUGCAUUACCUUUUGAUACGAGGAUUGUAUCCUCGAAGCAACUGCAUCCUUCCCCUCCAGAGGGUCAGCGCGGUGUUGAACCUGUUGCCUCGUCUGCGCAGCCUCUCUCUUCUGGGCGUCAGACUAUCUUCGGACGUCUCGUUCCGCAAUAGUUUGUCGACUUUGAGUACUUUCCAUUCUCUGGAUCGACUGAGUAUGUCGGACGUCACGGCAUCUCCUCGCGGCUCCACCAAUAAACGACCCAUCCUCGACUUGUUUUCGCUUUUCACCUCGAUCAACACUUUGUUUGUCAACGACUUCUAUGCCGGUCGCACGGAUACCGAUCCACUGGAUGAUCUAUCCGAAAAGGUCCAUGUCGCAGCGCUUCAAGCCAUUCGAUUACGGGAUUUCGAUUUGCUGCAGGCUAUAUUCAGUAGAGCAAUUAGACUGGACGGCGUUACUUCCUUCACCUGCACCAUAACUCAAACGGAGCAUAUUCUUUCCGCACGAUCCCUUCUAUUCGCUCUUUGCUCCGAUACUCUUACCCAUCUCGAGUUUGACUUGCGAUGGUUCGAACAUGAACAUGAAGAAGUAUGGGAAAGAAUGAACCUGACACUGUUGAAGUCGUUGCGUACAUUCCGACUUCAUUUGGCUCUCUCAACUCGUCAGGAAUUGGAUGUCUCUAUCUGGACGUCGACCAUAGCUCUUCUAUCCAGAUUCUCUAAUCUAGAACUCACGCAUCUCGUCCUCCAUAUCUACGUUGGCCCAUGCCUUUCCAAUGAACAGGAUCAGCUGCAGGUCACACCCGCUUCUGCACCAUCCCAACGCCUGCAGUUGCUGGAUUGGGAACGCUUCAUUCGCCUAAUAGACGCAAUGUCUACAUUGCGAAGCGUCACUUUCCAUGUUGCCUUUCAAAUUGACUUCGAUAGUCCAGACCUGCUCGCGCGCCGCCUCGGGCAGGAGGAUUAUAGACAAAUUGAUAAUCUUAUCAAAAGUAAGCUAGAUGACGGUGGGCGGGGGCGGAGAGUGCAGAGCUCAUGGCAGCAAUGUACUUGGGAGACCCUGGAGGCUUAGCAUGCAAUUUCCCGUAAGAGGGUGAGUCCGUAAGCCUAUCGUACUGUGUGUCCAACAAUUGACUAGUUCAAAGGCUAUACGGUUCCCUUUUCAUUCUCGCCAACUCGUAAUCUUGCCUCUAGCUCGACGAGCUUUUGGCGUUACCUUAUUUCGUCUUCUAAUUCGAAACUGCAUGCCCUGGCUCCUCAUGACUUGCAGUUCUACAAGCUUUGUCUCUGUUUCCGAUUCACCUCGUGGUCCUCAUUUCCGCCAACUCUAUACAUCUUCCAAGAUAGUCUCAUCUACUCCGCUUUCAGUUUCAAGUAAAUCGAUCGAUCCAAAUAAUUCCCAUCACCAAAGUCCAGGUGGCAAACGCAAGCUUACACAAGCUACAUUUUUCCGUUCGAACAUCUCCGCGUGGGUUUCUACCUUGUCACACCUUUCGAAAGUUCCAUCCAGCUCUGGUACGGAGGUAUUCAUCCAUCUUCAUCUUGCUACUCAAUCCGAAGACGACGAAGAGCGCCCCAGUUUACUGCGGAGGAUGCAUCGGAGCGCGUAGGUUUGUUGGACUGGGCGCGCAGAUCCAAGUUCUGAGUAUAAUACCUGUUCUGCGGAGAAUAUCAUUCCACGUUGCGCUACGUCAGGAUCUCAACAAUCUAACUUUCUAAUCUAGAUCCUUACGGGGAUAAGGAUUAGGGGGGUAGUGUGAAGCUCCAAAAAAUACAGUUGACGCCUAUGCUGCAAACAAUAGUCUCCGUGAAAACCAGGUGCCUGGCUCAUGACCACCACCUGGAGACUCAAUUCCUUGUAUCUGUCACUGCAUCAUUUGCUUUCGCUAGAAUCGAGUUGACAUCGAAGAUACGCCACA